CGGAUACAAAAUACAGUACAUUUGGGCUCUGUUCGAUUACUUUGAAGAUGUAUCCAACCUUUCUUCCUCGAGGUUUACAUCUUCAUAUAUAAUGUCAAUCAAUGGUGCACACACGAAUCGGUUUGAAAGCAGAAAGGUGAAAGUAAGGUUUCAACAUAUAUCUCUCGCAGGUCUGUGAUUGCGCCAACUAAUGUAUGGUUUGCUCAAAAGGAAGGACAUUAAACGUUUUUCAUUGGAGCCUGCUGAAAGCUUCUUCACGCCUACUUUACAGAAACUCGCUGUCUGCCUCAGCUUUCUGGUGGUCCAUGCAAGGUACACAAUGUCCACCUCUGAUCCAGUGGUUAGUGCUGCAGGUUCGGUGGUAUCGGACCCUCAACACUCUCAGAAACUUCUCAAGGCCCUUCGCUCCUUAUGGAUAGAACAAUGCUUCCAAGACGCAGUGUUAGUACUGGAAGGGGAAAAGAUUCCAGUCCAGAAAAACAUUUUGGCUGCGGCUAGUCCAUAUAUCAGAACAAAGCUGAACUACAACCCUCCAAAGGAAGAUGGAUCCAUGUACACCAUUGAGCUCCAGGGAAUCUCUGUCACUAUCAUGAAGCAGAUCUUGGACUACAUCUUUAGUGGGGAGAUCAGUCUGAGUGAGGACACCAUUCAGGACAUGGUCCAGGCCGCUGACCUGCUGCUCUUGACAGACCUGAAGUCCCUGUGCUGCCAGUUCCUGGAGAGCUGCAUUGCUGCAGAGAACUGCAUUGGGAUCCGGCUUUUCUCUCUACAUUACUGCCUGCACCAUGUUCACCAUGCUGCCACAGACUUCCUUCAGACACAUUUCUGUGAUGUGGCCGUCACGGAGGAGUUCAGGGAGUUACCUCCAGACCGGCUGUGCGAGAUCCUGUCGAUGGACAAGCUCAACGUGGGCAAUGAGAAGCAUGUCCUGGAGGCUGUGGUGCGCUGGCUUGGCCAUGACCUGGAGGAACGGAGGGUGCACAUGAAAGAGGUGAUGUCAUCGGUGUGGAUCCAGGGGCUGGACCAGGGUUACCUGAGGGAGCAGAUGUUAGGAGAGCCCUUGAUGAGGGAGGUGAUCCGGGAGUACUGCAACGCUCCACUGGGCGGCGCAACACUGCAGGGCGAGGCUCUUCUAGCCGCCUUCAAACCUCGUGGCUACUCGGAGUGCAUUGUCACUGUAGGGGGGGAGGAGAGAGUAACGAGGAAGCCGUCAGCCAUGGUACGCUGCAUGUGUCCACUCUAUGACCCAAACCGCCAGCUGUGGAUCGAGCUGGAACCAAUGAGCAUUGGGCGAAUAGGGCAUGGGGUGCUGGCAGCAGAGGGCCAUCUCUUUGUGAUGGGUGGCAUGGAUGAAACCAAGACAGUCCUGAGCAGUGGAGAGAAAUAUGACCCAAACACAAACACUUGGACCCCCAUUCCUUCCAUGAAACAGGCGAGGCAGAACUUUGGUGUUGCAGAGCUGGAUGGGAUGAUCUAUGUGUUGGGAGGAGAGGAAGAGGACAUGGAGCUCCUGACUGUGGAGGUGUUCGACCCUCACUACAACACCUGGACCACCCAAACCAGCAUGACCAUGGUCCGCAAGGUUGGCUGCUAUGCCACCAUGAAAAAGAAGAUCUAUGCCAUGGGUGGUGGGUCAUAUGGAAAGCUGUACGACUCAGUAGAAUCUUAUGACCCAAAGACCCAGCAGUGGACUGCAAUCUGCCCUUUGAAAGAGAGAAGGUUUGGCUCAGUGGCGUGUGGUGUGGGUCAGGAGCUCUAUGUGUUUGGAGGCGUGAGGAGCCGUGACUCAGACAACCCAGAAUCCAGCCCCAUGACCACCUGCAAGUCCGAGUUUUUCCAUGAUGAGAUGAAAAGAUGGAUAUACCUGGACGACCAGAAUCUCUGUGUUCAGACCAGUUCCUCCUUUGUGUAUGGAGCUGUCCCCAUUGGAGUCAGCAUUUAUGUGGUGGGAGACCUAGACACUGGUACAACCUAUGACUAUGUGAGGGAAUUCCGUCGCAGCUCGGGGACGUGGCACCGCACCAAGCCCAUGCUGACAUCUGAUCUGUGCAAGACGGGCUGUGCAGCCCUGCGCAUCGCUAACUGCAAACUGUUCCGUCUGCAGCUGAAGCAGGGCCUGUUUAGACACAGGGUCCCAUCAUCAUAGAAAGCACCUAAAGGAGUGGCAUUGUCUCCACACUCAUCUUUUGGCUAUGGGCACAGCAAUGGGAGAAGAAUGGAGGUUGAAGAAGGGAACCUCCAAUGGGGAUGUUUGGAGUAUUUGUCUGCAUAUUUUGCUGGCUUUCUUAGGGUUCAUUGGGGUAUUAUUGUAUGAGCUUGAAGAGGGAUCACUUUUUAAACAUGGCCUUAUUUCAUUGCAAUUUAACAGUGGGAAUGAUUUGUAAAUAGAUUUUACUGACAUUCCCCAUUUGCUUUUUAUGUUUACUACAUUUUUGCUGCUGCUUGGUGGGUUUUAGAGAAUGUAACACUAAUUUUAAGGGGUGAAGAGGAAGAAUUACAUUUUAGCAGACACGCUUAUCCAGAGCCACUUACAGGAGCAAUUAGAUUAAAGUGCCUUGUUCAAGGGCACAUCUACAACUUUUUCACCUAGUCGGCUCAAUAAUUCAAACCAGCAACCUUUCACUUAACCGCUAGGCUACCUGCCGCCUAGUAGUACUGUCAUUUGUAAUCACCUAGCCUGCCAUUUUUAAGGAAAAUCUAGACCCAUGUCUAACACUGUAUUUUUUUUAUUUGUAUGAGUCAGUGAAUGUCAACUAGAGAUGCAUAACUAGAUUCACAAAAGGACAAAUGCUGUUUUUGGCCUAUGACAACUAGAGAUACACAAGGAGACUUGUAAAAUAACAGAUGUGGUUUUAGUUGUUCCCUUAGCUAAGGGACUUGUGGCCUAUAAAAUAAUCUUUACUCAAAA